UUCUCAUUCAGAAGCUUAGCUACUAAAUUAUUUAGGCUCGUUUGUAAGGUGAGAAAUGGAAGCAAGAACCAUGGAAUUUGAUCCUCAGUUGUAUCUGUAUUUUCAGGUGGGAAAGGAAACAAUCAGUGAGGGAAUGAAGCGUUUGCAGAAUUUAGCACACUGGUACAACUCGAUUCCAGAAAAGGUUGGAUUAUUUGAUGAAAUCAUCACCUAUCUUCAAUCUCUUCAACGACAAAUAAAGGAGAUUGAAUCUUUAGCACAACGGGGAAAAGCACAUGUAUCUUCCAAUAUCAAUACAACAGAUCUGCGCCAUGGACAGGAAAUCACCCAAAUAAGAGAACAAAAUAAAGAGAUUGAAAUGGUGAUGAAUACAAAUGUGGAGAAUUCAUCAUGUUCUAAACGGAAAAGGCGGUCAAAGGUUUGGGAAGACUUCACAUACUCUGUAGGCAAAGAUGGGAAGGAAUGGGCUCAGUGUAAACACUGUAAGAAAGAGUUUGUAGGAUCAAGUAAGAGUGGAACCACGCAUCUCAAAAAUCAUUUAAAAAGCUGCCCAGUUUUGAGAAAUCCAGGUGGAGUUGCUGAUAAAGCAAAAGAGAAAACAGUGAUUGAUCCAGAAUCGAAUGGUUCUGAUUUGGUGCGAAAGAUUAUUAAGUAUGGGAUAAAAGGCAUAAAGGAUGAUAUAGUUGAUGUUUACCAACAAGAGAAGGAUAAGAUUCAUGAAUAUUUAGAUAAACUCACAUGUCGUUUUAAUGUGACAAUUGACCCGUUGCCAACGCGUGAAUUGGGCAUGGACAGUUGGUCAAUGAAAAUCUGGGUUAUUGAUGAUAGUUGGGAAUUGAAAAAUAGGAUUAUUUGUUUGGGAGAAAGCAUAUAUGAUAUCAAGAAACGAGUGAAGUCUUUCUCCGAGGAUUGGAAGAGAGACAAAAAAAUAUGCUCUAUGAUAAAAUUUGGAUCUUUUUAUGUAUCUGGAUGCGAGGAAGUUAAGGAUAUUGGCAAUUGGUUCACUGGGACUUCUCAAUCGGUUUUAACUUUAUUAAUAAAAAUUGAUCUUGCUAUCAGUUUUGAUGGGUUGGCAAAAAUUUCACGAAAUGAUAUUUUAACUAAUAUGAGAAAGCUGAGGGACUACAUUAUAACAAAUGCAAAGGAGCUUCAAUCAGGGAUUGAGAAAGCUUCAACUUCCGAAAGUUUAUCUUCAUCAUGGGUGGAAGACAAGGAUGUGGUUGAGUGGGUAAUGGGAUGUAAAGAAGCAUUAUGUGAACUGGAGGAUAUAGAUCCUGAUUUCAAGUCUAUAAAUUUUAUAAAAGAGGAUUGGGACGAGGCAACUUUAAUGUACAACUGUCAGAAAGCGUUAAAUGAUUUGGGAGAAGAUGUCGAUAACUUCUUGGACCAUCUUGAACAUAAAACCGCAAAUGAGUAUUUCCCAAUGAUAUGUCAGAUUUUUUCGAAAUUGGAUCAAUUGGAAAGAAGUGAUAAUAGUUACAUUUGUGACUCUGUAUCACAUUUGCGGAAAAAUAUUGAUAAACUUUGGAACGGUUCUAUGUUGGUUUUAGUGACUAGAGUAAUUUUGGAUCCACGAUUCAAAAAUGAUUUUAUUAUAAAAAAACUCUACGAAGAGAUGUAUAAAAGAGGUUUUACUGAUGUAGGUGCACGCCUUAUCGGAAUCAUUGAUGGUGUUACAAACAUUUUCAACCAAUAUGUAAAGGAAACUAACAAUCCUAUGUCAUCAUCCUCUUAA